AUGCCUCAACCGCCGAUUACGCCGGAAGCGGCGGCGGAAGCCGCCAGGCUCGUGCGCGUCGCCGAGAUGCUCCAGACGGGCGGCCGCGCCGAGGAGGCGCUCGCGGCGAUCGACACCGCGCUAACCCUCGCGCCGGGUAACCUCGACGCCGUCACCAAGCGGGGUUUGUGCUUCCAAGCCUUGGGCGCUUUACACGACGCGUACAAUGCCUACGAUUGCGUCAUCAGGCGCGAACCGAACCACGCGUUGGCGUGCCGGGCGCUCGGGUCGCUGUUUCAGACGUACGGGAUGCUCGCGGAGGCGGCGGACGCGUUCAGACGGUCGCUUCGCACGAACCCCGGGGACGCGCCCACGCGCGAGAGGCUAGCCGCGACGCUCACCGAUUUGGGCACUCGGGUCAAGGUGCUCGGCUCCCCAGCGCAAGCCGUGGCGCAUUACAGGGAAGCCGCCGCCACGGACCCGCGGUACUCCCCCGCGUUUUACAACCUCGGCGUGGUGAUGUCUGAGCUGGGAAGGCACGACGAGGCGCUGGAGUGCUACGCGCGGGCGAUAGAGGUCAACCCGAACCACGCCGAGGCGCACUGCAACGUGGGCGUCAUAAAAAAGUACAGGGGCGACGUGACGGGCGCGAUCGAGGCGUACGAACGGUGCCUCGCCGUGAACCCGAACCACGCGCUGGGGCGGGGAAACCUCUCCAUCGCGCUCGGGGACAGGGCCACGGCGAUCAAGGCGAGCGGGGACGUCGCGCUCGCCGUGCGCACGUACGAGAGGGCGCUCACGCUGGACCCCAACAGCGCCGAGGCGAUGUACAACCUCGGGGUGGCGCAGGCUGAGAUUGGGGAGCUCGACCGCGCCACCAUCGCGUACGAAUCCACGCUUCGGCUGCGACCGCACUGCGCCGAGGCGUGGAACAACCUCGGGGUGUUGCACCGCGAGCGGAACAACGUCGAGCGAGCGGUGGAGUGCUACCGACGAGCCGUCGCGAUCAACCCCUCGUUCGCGCAGCCGUUGAACAACCUCGGCGUGGUGUACACGAUGCAGGGCCAGGCGAGGAUGGCGCUUGAGGCGCUCCAGAGGGCCGUCGCCGCCGCGCCCACCUACGCGGUGGCGCACAACAACCUCGGGGUGCUGCUGAGAGACACCGGCGACGUGCCGGAGGCGCUCGAAGCGUACGGAGAAUGCGCGAGACACUCGCCGGAUCACCGGAACGCCGAGCAGAACUACCUCCUCGGCCUCAACUACGUGCUGUCGGGGGAGCGACGCGAGGUGUGCGAGGCGCACGCCUCGUGGGGCGCGCGAUCCCCAAAGUCCUCCAAGUCCUCCAAGUCCGAGGGUGCAAACAAACGCGGGCGGCGGCUCGUCGUGGGGUACGUGUCGCCGGACAUGUACACGCACUCGGUGUCGUACUUUGCCCACGCGCCGCUGUCGGCGCACGAUCCGUCUCGCGUCGCGGUCGUCGUGUAUAGCGCCACCCCUCGGGCGGAUGCGAUGACGGAGACGUUGAAACAGCGGGUCGCGGCCAUCGACGGGACGUGGCGCGACGUGCAACACCUGACGGAGCGCCAGCUCGCCGAGGCGAUUCGCGCGGACGGCGUGGACAUCUUGGUGGAACUCACCGGCCACACCGCGAACAACAGGCUCGGGGCGAUGGCGCUGAGACCGGCGCCGGUGCAGGUGACGUGGAUAGGCUACCCGAACUCCACCGGCCUGGCCGAGAUUGACUACCGCAUCACGGACGCCGUGUGCGAUCCACACGACACGACGCAGACGUUCACGGAGACGCUCGUGAGGCUCCCGGGGUGCUUCCUCAGUUACACCCCGAGCGUGGAGGCGCCGGCGGUUGCGCCGGCGCCGUGCCUCACGAGCGGCUACGUCACCUUCGGCUGCUUCAACACCCUCGCGAAGGUCACCCCGGACGUGCGCAGCCGAUGGGCGCGGAUCAUGCGCGAGGUGCCCAACUCCCGCCUCCUGCUCAAGGCCAAGCCGUUCGCGUGCCAGACGAUUCAGCAGCGCUUCCUCGCCGCGAUGGCCGCGGAGGGCGUCGAGUCGUGGCGCGUGGACCUAUUCCCGCUCACCGGCGGCACGGGCGCGCACCUGUCCGUGUACGGCACCGUGGACAUCGCGCUGGACACCUUCCCGUACGCGGGAACCACCACCACGUGCGAAUCGCUGUGGAUGGGGGUUCCGGUGUUAACCGCGAGGGGCAAAUGCCACGCGCAAAACGUGGGCGCUUCGCUGCUCUCCGCCGUGGGCGGUUUGGAAGAGUUCGUCGCUACGGACGAGGACGACUACGUGCGUCGCGCGGUGCGUCUCGCGGGGGACCACGCGAGGCUCGCGGCGGUGCGAAGUGGGUUGAGGGCGCGAAUGGCGUCGAGCGGGGGGUUGUGCGACGCGCGUUCGUUCAUGCGGGGCGUCGAGGAGCGGUACGCGGAGAUGUGGCGAAGAUGGUGCGAACGCGAAGUGGAACGAGAGAGCUGCCGCGUGGAGAAAGGGGACGGGGACGACGCGUGGAAGGGAGGGAGGAACGGAAAGAAGAAAGGGAGCGGUUCGGAGUGCUCCACGGACGAUCAGCGCUCGCCCAGCGCGAGCCGGUGA